GCAGGCCGGGCCGCUCGGGAGGCGGCACCUCAGGCACACAACGGACAGCCGCUACGGAGCUGCGCUGCUUGCCUUACCUGAUGUCGCAGCCACCGUCCUCUCUUCACAAAGCUGUUGUGAUUGCUCCUAAAACUUAUUUCAAACGGCAGAUUUAUACAAAUAUUUUGCCACUCAUAUGCAAGUUUACCAGCGGCUGUUUUCAGCGAAGGUUACGACGGGGACCCUGAGGGACAGGGGGAGGACCCGCAGGUGCGGGGCAGGGCGCGAGCCAUCGAACAGCAGGCACAGCGCGCGCCGCGCAGCCACGAGCAGCCGUCGGUGAACUACAUUUGCUAUACACUGACGCCGUCCCCUCUGGGCGAGUCUCCCGCCCGGCCCCUCCCUCCGCCCGCCGGGGCGGCGCCAGGAGCAGAGCGGGGCGCGCGGCAGAGGCGGGCCGGCAGCGCGGCGCGGCGCGAGCCAUGGGCCAGGGCUCGCCGUGGCUCAACCAGUCCGCCAUCCCGCGGGCAGCGGGCGGUGCCUGCGCGGCGGACGGGCAGCGCGCGGGGCCCUUCUCCGGCACCGCCGCGGCGCUGCUGACGGCGCUCAUUGGGCUGCUGGUGCUGGCCACGGUGCUGGGCAACGCUCUGGUCAUCCUGGCGUUCGUGGUGGACCGGCGCCUCCGCACCCAGGGGGACUACUUCUUCCUCAACUUGGCCGUCGCCGACCUCCUGGUGGGCAGCUUCUGCAUCCCGCUCUACAUCCCCUACGUGCUGACGGGCGAGUGGAGGCUCGGCCGGGGAUUGUGCAAGCUGUGGCUGGUGGUGGACUACCUGGUGUGCGCCGCCUCUGUCUUCAACAUCGUCCUUAUCAGCUUCAACAGGUUCAUCUCCGUCACCAAGGCGGUGAGUUACAGAGCACAAAAAGGGAAGACCAGAAAUGCAAUACUGAAGAUGAUCACUGUAUGGAUCGCUGCUUUUCUUCUCUAUGGUCCAGCCAUUCUCAGCUGGGAGUACAUUGCCCAGAAGAGCAUCCUUCCAGAAGGAGAAUGUCAUGCAGAAUUCUUCUACAACUGGUAUUUCCUAAUGAUUGCUUCCACCAUUGAAUUCUUCACACCUUUCAUCACUGUUACAUACUUCAACUUAAGCAUUUACCUCAAUAUUAGGAAACGCAUAACCCUUAGAAAUGAGAACUUAUCUCCUGCCCAAGAGGACUGUGAAAUGAGUAUCCGAGGGAAAAAAAGGGAACACACCAUGGUUUUUGUAACACCUGCUAACACAGAAAAACAUGAGAAGAAAGCAAGCAGCCUUUCUCCCCUGCAGAAGGUUUCAAGGCUCAGCCUAUGUAAAUUUGACAAUCAGUCAUUAAAUUUGAAUGUCAAUCAAGACCUUAGACCACUUCAGGUGGAUGUAGAGACCAAGCCUCAUAGGAACAGUUUCUAUAAAACUACAGAAAACACAGGUGACACCAACACAAGAACAGACACUGCUAUGACAAAUAGAGUUAGACUUUCUCGAGAUAAAAGAGUAGCAAAGUCCUUAGCAAUUAUUGUCAGUGUGUUUGGUUUGUGCUGGGCACCUUAUACACUUUUAAUGAUCAUCAGAGCAGCUUGCCACGGGCACUGUGUGUUACAUUCACUUUAUGAGACUUCGUUUUGGCUUCUGUGGGUGAAUUCAGCCAUUAAUCCUAUUCUAUACCCACUAUGCCACAUGGGCUUCAGGAAAGCCUUCACCAAACUCCUGUGCCCAGGAAAAGUUAAAAUUCAUCCUCAUAUUUUCACAUAAAAAAAACUGUGACAUUUGUCAGUAAGUACAUCUUGCUUUCAGCAGGAACACAAACUGGCCAGUACUCAUCUGUAAAUAUUAAAUCCACUGUGCACUGAAUAUUUAAGGGAACACUGAUCAGUAAGUAUUCAGGAAUGUAUAGGAUACAGUCAUCUGCAUAGCUGCAGAAAUAACAAUCAGUGUAAACAAAGGUAAUUUCUCAAAGCUCUUUGGGGAUUUGCCUACAGCAUACUUUCUCGUGAUGAUGCACUAGCAUUGAAGAGACAAAAAGGGAAUACCAAAUUCAUACCCAACAACUGGGGAGUGUCUCACUAUUAAUAUUCCUAAGUAAUACCAGUAAGAAAUUUAAUUGUUACUUUGGAUUUGUUAUAUUUUACCCCCAGCCACUCUGUAAGGACUUCAGGGUCUUAGCUGCUAAGUGUAUGCACUUUAGGGAGGAAAUCCCCAAUCCCUAACUUAACAACGGUACCCAGGAAAAGCUUGGAACAAGAGGUACCAGAACAGUCAGGUUACCAGAAAAGCUGAACAACUAUACCAAUAAAGGAGCACUGACUUGGGUGGAAAAGGUGAUUUGUUUCCACCUUCAUUAGCAUCUUCUACAGUUUUACAGACACUUAAUUCUGAGGACAAUUCAUAGCUAUUCAACAGCCACAGUCACCCACUGCCACAGCCAAAAAGCAUGUUAGCACAGCUGAUCUUAAGGUUCACAAGUUAUGAAGUUCAUUUUGUAAAAUUUCAAUAAAGAUCAUUACAAACUGUGAAAGAGUUAUGACUGUCAUCUUAACUAAGCGCAUAUGGAAAUAAGCACUGGCUUAUAACAUUAGAAUAACUGCAGCUGAAACCACAAAACUAUUAUUAAAAAGUAAUUCCUGAGUUACAAGUACAAGUUACCUUAAGAAUUAAACAUAGUUUCACAAAUAUUCUAGGAUAAGAGGGCAUAUUCCAACCAUAUGAAUUUAUCUACAUUAACAUAAUAUCACAUUUUACUAUGGAUACUUUAUAACAAAGAAUCUGCUUUAACUUUUUCUUAAACAAGGGACAGCAUCAACAGAUACUGAGUAAUGGUACUCAGAAGUUCUUUAGUUACACCACAAAGCAAAUGAGGCCAUUAGAUUCCCUCUAUUCCUCCUCCACCUCCAAACUAGCAGAACCACCACCUGAUUUUUAUCUUCUCUGUAAUUCUUAGGUUUCCUAGGAUUAUAUUCGUCAUUUUCAAAAACAAGCAGUGACACUAAAUUAGACAACCCAGCAAAGUCUGACUUCCUCAUCCAAUAUAGUCUUUGCCAUUUUAAUAGCAGUGACCAACUCAAGGAGUGAGGAAGUUCAGUCAGGUAGCUUGAGCACACUGCAGUCAGUUAAGGUAAAGAAGCAAUGUUUAAACUUAAAGUUCUUAGCAAAUGGUAUUAAUCUACAACUAGGUCAGUCUCCACAUACCAUUGGGAAUUAAUUGUUCUACCACUCAAAUUUCUACAGCUUCAUCAUUUAAUUGCCACAUAUCUGUUUAGCAUAGACCUAGAAUCUAGUAGGAUUCUCCACCACUCUCAAGCCAGAAAAACACUGAAGUAUGAACAGGCACCUUUCAGCAGAAAUGGAUUUUGAAUGACAGUUUUCU